UAGUUUUAACACGCCAGGCGUAGAAACGGCCCACCGCAUCAGACGCUGGCUGCGUCGUUCAGUGUGAUUUCGUCGUAUACGUUAUUUCAGCGCGUCUCGCUGUCGCAAAACGCCAUACCACGCGCAACGUGAAAAGGUGCUACAUCGCUGCUACUCCACUCGCCGUGAAAGCAUAUUUGUCAGUUCGCCCGCUUAGCCUGGCUCGGCCCCUGUUCGCUCGAAACGGCGCACCUGCACGAAGCGAGAACAUGGACAGACCCUUCAGCAAGAUCGUCAACAACGUGAUCGAGGGAAAGUCCGUGGACUUCUGGACGCUGUCGCGGUUCAUCUGGGAACACCCGGAGUUGGCGCUCAAGGAGGAGACGGCGCACGACAAGCUGUGCGAGUUCCUGGAACUGCGCGAGUUCAAGGUUCAGAGGCACUACCUCCUGAACACGGCGUUCAGGGCAGAGUUCGACGCGCCCGGCGGGACUGACGGUCCCACAGUAGCGUUCCUCUGCGAGUACGACGCCCUGCCCGAGGUUGGCCACGCGUGCGGCCACAACCUGAUCGCCGAGCUGGCCGUUGCAGCCGCCAUUGCCGUCAGGGACGCCAUGAAGUUCUCGCACGCGCUACGCGGAAAGGUCGUCGUGCUGGGAACCCCGGGCGAAGAGAACUGCGGCGGAAAGCAGAUGCUCAUCGACAAGCGCGCCUUCGAGGACAUCGACAUCGCGCUCAUGUCUCAUCCCUUUCCGUACGAGGCCCUCCGGACGGGCUUCACUGCAAGGCAGCAGGUGACGGUCCGUUUCCGGGGCAGGUCGGCCCAUGCCGCUGAGUCCGCCUACAAGGGCCUCAACGCUUUGGACGCUGCGGUGGCCUCCUACAUGAACAUCUCCUUGCUACGUCAGCAGAUCAAGCCCACCAGCAGGGUUCAUGGCGUGAUUCUCCGGGCGGGAACCUAUCCCAACGUGAUACCGGAAGCGAGCGAACUGAGCUACCACAUCCGCGCCGUGACCCUGGCUGAUCUCGAGGAGCUGGUGGGCCGCGUCGAAGGCUGCUUCCGGGCGGCCGCCCUGGCCACGGGCUGCAGCCUCAACUUCGAGUGGGGCAUCCGCUACAAGAACCUCGUGCACAACGUCGCACUCACCGAGGUGUACCGGAAGCACGGACUAGCGCUGGGCGUGGAGUAUCUGGACGCCGACAUGAAAGAAGUAGUGCCCACUGGCGCGGCGACGGACGCCGGGAACGUUUCGCACUGCAUACCGACUCUGCACACUGUGUAUCUGGUCGGCAACGGUGCUCGGAACCACACCCGUGGAUUCGCCGAGAUUGCGGGCACCAUCGACGCCCAGGCGCCCACACGGCGAACGGCCAAGGUGUUAGCGCACACCGCCAUCGAGUUGUUCUGCGACCCCAUCCUGGUGCAGAAGGUCAAGGACGAGUACGCCGACUGGCGCAGUAGCACAGCCAUGUCUCCGGCAACACCACAGUCGAAGAAAUGAACUGUUCCAUGUAGGGUUGUUUGAUUGAACUGCUCUAGGCAGUCCGGGAACUACCCGGGACCGGGAAAUUUCCCGGCAACCACGGAAAACUGCGCAAGAACCCAGUACAGAGCGGAUAACACGGUUAGGAGUCGAUAGCGAGGCUGCAGAGGAAUGUGUACCGAGGUGUCCCGGAAAGUUUCGUGCCAGCCCUGGGAGCCAUGCUCAACUCUCAUUGGCUGAGAACACUGCAGCUCGGACUUAACGAGGUCACCGUGAACGAAACCUGAAAGGACGCUCAGUACGGCUCCUCACCCAUUCAUUCAGUGUUGAAGAGAGGCUUCGCAGUUCAUUUCAAGCACAUGGAAGUGAAGGACAACUCUACAAGUUUCUUUUCGUCUUGCAAGAUUCCUUGUGGGUCGCUUUUAGUUGUUCCUGUUGCUGUUUGUUUUUUUUUUUGUUUUUUUGUGGUAAAGCGGUAGCACAUAGACGGGCAUGUGUUACGCACUUUUGACUGACAACGCUAUGCCAUGUGAUACAUCGUCUUGAAGGGUGUUUCGAAUGCCAUUCUCACUUGAAAUUACUGGUCGGCAAAAGUUUGCUCUUUUUAUUGGUUCUGUUUUACUCUGUUUUACCUUUUAGUUAAUACUAAAUGUGUAAACUUCAUAACUCACGUCUUUCAUCGACGUUUACUAAUACUGUACACUGCAGGCUAUAGCUAAAGAAAGUGUUUCCAACGUUCUAACUUGGACGAGAAAUUUGCCGAAUCUUAAGUUGUGUAACGUUGCACACAGCGUCUAUGAAUCGAUUCGUCCAUGGCCUAUUAAUUAUUUCGAUAGGGACCACUAGAAAUACUGCUCUAGGACCACACUAUUUUUCCUUGACGCAGUAGUUCCAGGUAAUAGAGUGGACGCACUUAGGUGUUACGUUUGACUGAAAGACCGCAUUUCCGAAAAUAAAAUGGAGAGAAACGUGUGGUUUGUUCGUCUAAUUGCCAUAGCGAGGCUUGCAAGAGGGUGCACUGCACGCAACGCAUAGCUUUCCACUGUCUUUCAAUGCAAUUCC